CCAUGGGAUACCCAGGUUUCACGACAACAAAGAAACAAUCACCGUAAUAUUUGCGUGGCAAAAGCAAAAAAAGGUGUCAACGUAUACAAAAAAAAAGAAUUAGUAGGUGGCGACAUUACCAAAGUGAAAGUGCGUUUCACGCACCUUAAUGUUUAGUAAUGCAACUGAGCAGGCAUACAAGUAGAACAAACUAGAGAUAUGACAUAACCAAUAGGUCAGGACACAGCAUUCUGCUUCAAAAACAUUGGAAAGUUCGUUGCAUCUAGGGCUUCCUAAUGUCCAAGGCCGUAGGGAAACCUGCGGGGAAACCAACGCUGAAACCGAAGGGAGCGCCGCAUCUAUCAGAGUGGCAGAGCGGGCCUCGACCACCUUAGUUGCUGCCGUCGCCGAGACGAAUUGUUGUGCGUGCAGUCACGCGCGAUUUGUUGUUUCUGUCUUUAAGUAGGGUAGACUCGAAGAGGUUAUGGCCCUCGCGUCAGCGCCGGCCGCAUUCUCCAAGAGCGACUCGCCGACUCGCAUCAUGACUGUCUUCCGGAGCAAGAGCGACGAUACGUCGGCGUCGCUGCUCAGCGAAAACGAGUACAGGGAGAAACUACUGCGGACUGUGAAGAAAGAGGUGAAGCAGAUCAUGGAAGAAGCCGUGACCCGCAAGUUCGUCCACGAGGAAAGCAGCAGCAUCACCUCCCUUUGCGCGGCGGUGGAUGCAUGCCUGUCGCAUGGCCUGAAGCGUCGAGCACUAGGCCUUUUCAAGACAAAUUCAACCACAGCACUUUUACACAAAAUGGCAAAGCACUUUGAGCCAGCUGCGGCCAUUGCCCGAGCAGUCACCCAGAUGGAAGCAGCAGCAGCCGUGACCUCAGACUCGUCUACUACGGAGAGCCGCCUGCGCAGCCAAACAAGCCGUCGCUCCCUGUGGGCGACGAGCGGGCGAUACAUCUGGAUCAGGCUGGCACUCUUUGAAAAGCAGUUGGCGAGCAUUGUUGACCACUUGGUCCACAAUUCCAGCAAGUACUAUGAGAAGGACGCCCUGGUGGCUGACCCUGUCUCUGGGCAAAUUCUGGCUUCCCUGCUUGUGGGACCAUGUGCCCUGGACUACUCCAAAAUGAAGACACAAGACCACUUCUGGACGGACCCACCUGCCGAUGAGUUGGUGCAGCGCCAUCGAUUAUCCAGCGGGCUUCCGACUUCAGCCAGUGCUGGGGGGUCUGCCACUGCAGGCACACCACCGCCAACGAGGCGACUGGGCCUCCAGUGCCGCCGUGACCUUCGUGGCACCACUGGUGGCAGCUCCUCUGAAGAAGGUGGCGGUCCAGUUGGCCGUGUCGUCGGUGCAUCGGGGGGAGGGGGCUGUGACCGGCUGGCUCGGGACUAUGUUGAGUCGCUGCACCAGAAUGCACGCUCAACACUGCUGUAUGGCAAGAACAACGUGCACAUGCAGCCACGAUGUCACGCGGGGGAGCCCCUGCCGGGCUACCUGUCGCUGCACCAGCAAGGUGGCACCCGGCUGGUUCUCAAGUGGACGCCCAACCAGCUCAUGAAUGGCACGACCAGUGGGGACAGCUCGUCGGGGGACUCACUGGGCAGUAGCCAAGACAAGAGCAUCUACUGGGAGUAUGCCCUGAGUGUCAACAUGGAGGACAUUGUGUAUCUGCACUGUCAUCAGCAAGCAGGUGACUCUGGGGGUACCCUGGUACUGGUGGGGCAGGAUGGAGUGCAACGUCCACCCAUGCACUUUCCCCGGGGAGGACACCUGCUGGCGUUUCUGUCGUGCCUGGAGAAUGGCCUGCUCCCCAACGGGCAGCUGGACCCGCCCCUGCGGACCCACCAGAGUGGCACAGGCAAAGUGUUUCCACGGCUACGUCGCCGCAGGGCAGCCCAAGGUGAAGAGGAAGAGGGCAGCACUGACUUUGUCUUUCGAGUCAUCACUUCCCUAAGGCCGCACUCCCUUGAGGACCUCCUAGAAGGCGGCCCCGCUACUUCAACAGCCACUGGAGGAGCGCGCACCGGUCGCCUGCUGGAGGCACGGUCUUCUUCCUCCCGGUCGAGUGAGUCACCGCCACCCGAGGAGGAAUCACCCGGACAAAGGGCACAAGGGCAAUCACUGCAGCUUCUGUGCGACACCAUGAAGAAGCAGAUCAUCUCGAGGGCUUUCUAUGGCUGGCUGGCGCACUGUCGGCACCUGCAGACGGUCCGCACGCAUCUUUCGGGGCUAGUGCAUCCGGCGAUCGUGUCUGGAGAGGUCGCUGAGGGGGGCCUCACGCGAGAGGCCUGGCAGUGCUUGUCUGCUUCGGGACGCCUGGACGACCCCCAGGAACUGCAUCGGCUCGUCUACUUUGGCGGCGUUGAGCAUCAAGUCCGCCCCUUGGUGUGGCCGUACCUGCUGGGCCACUACGCGCUGUCAAGCCUGCCAGAGGAGCGGCAGGAACGAGACGCGAGCACGCAGGCGCAGUACGAGGCCACCCUGUCCGAGUGGCUGGCUGCUGAGGCCAUGGUGCGCCAUCGGGAGGGGCUGCACACUAAGCUCUCCUCCGAGAGCACAACCUCGGAAAUACCACUCAUUGGUCCUAAGGACACACACUUAAGCAACGAGGUAUUUGAAGAUGGCAGCAGCGAUGGUGGAGGCUCCAUGGAUGCUGCUGCCCACGAUGAAGCAGUGUGCGAAGGGGAAGAGAUUGCAUGGGAAAUCGACAGCAGCCACAGCCCGGCCCACACAGGCACCGGCCAACAAGCAGGAGCAGAGGAGGAAGGCCAGGAGGUAGAAGAAGACGAAGUGGAAGCUCGACUUCCUGCUGAUCCCCUGCAGUUGCUGCAGCCGCCAGUUGUCGACGACGAAUCCAGCUGUGUGUCGCCAGCUUCUUCCAGUGGAGGCGUCUACUCGAGUGACCUCCUGGACCUGUUCUCACUCAACCUGCACCGCAUCGACAAGGACGUGCAGCGCUGUGACCGCAACUACUCCUACUUCACUGCGGCCAACCUGGAGAAGCUGCGAAAUGUCAUGUGCACCUAUGUGUGGGAGCAUCUGGACGUGGGCUAUGUGCAAGGAAUGUGCGACCUCGUCGCUCCCCUGCUGGUCAUUUUUGACGACGAGAUGCUGGCUUACAGCUGCUUUUGUGAGCUGAUGAAGAGAAUGGCAGCUAACUUCCCUCAUGGGGGCGCCAUGGACCACCACUUCGCCAACAUGCGCUCACUCAUCCAGAUUCUGGACGCUGAGGUGUUCGAGCUGAUGCACCAGAAUGGAGACUAUACACACUUCUACUUUUGCUAUCGAUGGUUUCUUCUGGACUUCAAGCGAGAGCUCGUCUACCAGGACGUGUUCAGCGUCUGGGAGACCAUCUGGGCUGCCCAGCACGUUGCCUCCAGUAACUUUGUGCUCUUCAUUGCUCUGGCCAUGGUGGAGUACUACCGUGAUAUCAUACUGGAAAACAAUAUGGAUUUCACCGACAUUAUCAAGUUCUUCAAUGAAAUGGCUGAACGACAUGAUGCCAAGGCCGUGCUACAGAUUGCCCGCGAGCUUGUGCUGCAAAUCCAGACGUUGAUUGACAACCGAUAAGAAAACUUUGCCUUGCCCGGCUAUGGUCUAAUGACAGCGACACGCCCGCUGACCCUUCGUCUAGAUGUUCAUCUGACCCUUGGACUGGUCAUGCACAAUGUGUGCCAUAGGACUACUACUCUACAGGAUCAUCUGCAAGAGACUCCUUCACUUGCCAGGUGGCCCAGAUGUGGGGCCCACGCUACCUUGUAAACUGCUACAUGAGGGAUGCAAAUUGAGAGAGCACAUAACAAAUUGCGAUACAUUAUCAGGCCUGAACAUAAUGAGGGCAUUGUUCAAAAUGGUAAAAAGUGUCAGUGCAUUGGCCAGAGUUGUCGAAAGCACACCACAUUUGAGCUCUUUCACAGGAACCUUGUAUACAGGGAAUGACCAUUCAUUUUCAUUCUGAGCAAGGCUGCUGUUGCAGACACAAAACGAUGUUUAGCUUAAAUGUGCUGACUUUGCUUGCUGCUGUAUGGCGCUCUACUACUGUGGCUUUUCCAAAUUAUGUGAGACUGUGUCGUACUCCUCGCCCAGUUGCUGCCAAAGUGCUUCUUGUCAUGCUUUUUCGAACAGUGAUCGUAAAGGUAAGGCUUGUUUUCAUGUGUUGUCAACGGUUAUGUGACGCGAGAGCGCAUUUGAUAUCAGUCGUGAGCACUCACAUUGUGAGGACCUGAAUUAGUCUGCGUGCUCGCUGCCACUGAUCCUCAGUGUGUCACAUCUAUGCUACAGUAGAGUGGCCCGUCACUGAGUAGAAUGAGCAUCGUGUGCUCUGCUAGAAAUAGCUGGACAUUGCGCCAUAUUUGACUGGGUGCUCUACUUACUCAGCAUCCUGAGUUGAUCAGAGGAUGCUCAUCACUUAUGUCAGGCCUUUUAGUGCUCACCAAAACGACUUCCUUGCAAAACACAGUGUGAAGCUGUUCCUUUGGUGUGCUAGAUAGGAAUAUGCUGUGCGCAGAUAAAGAGCUUUUAAAGUUAUGAUCAUAGUCUGCAAGCCUGUAUUUUUUCUGGUUAUUAACAAUAAGCUAAUUUGGUUACACCAGGCUCAUGGCAAUGCUAAUAUGGCUAUAUGUACUUCCUUUUAACCUAAACACAGCUAGCUAACCUUAGAUGGCCUGCAGAGCAUGAAAAUGUUUUGUUCUACGUGUCCUAACUGUAGCAGUGUUUAAUUUAUAAAUUUUCGCAUUACUAGAUCAUUGUUGAUUUGAAGAAAACUUUUCUGCAGAUGGCCGAACAUAAGUAGUUCAGACCACUAAGGGAAAAGUGGCGUUGGGGCUUCACAAUCACUUAUGACAAACACUUUUGUUUGUGCUUGCUUUAAAAUGUGGGACUAGCUGUAGAUUUCUAAUUGUAUAAGCUGGCAUUAGAUGUGGUGGUGUUGAAAAAAAAUCAUCUAAUAGAGAGUGUCUGUAUUGACAAAAAUGUGUU